AUGUCGAAGCGCGACCUCCACAUCCAACCGCGCAUGGCCAAGAAGGGGCCCUUCUCCGUCGAAGCCCCCGGCUAUGAACCUGUCGAAGGUGAGACUAUCCCUCGGCGGCACCCCUCGGCCAAGGACGGUCUCAUCCUGCGUCCCUCUGAAGACGUUAAGACUACUUAUGACAACUUUCGCCGAUCUGCCCGCGUCUUCGGCAAUGCCAAGGCUGUCGGCAGUCGCAAGUUGAUCAAGACACAUGUCGAGAACAAGAAGGUCAAGAAGAUCGUCGAUGGCGUCGAGAAGGAGGUUGACAAGCAGUGGACCUACUUUGAGAUGAGUGGGUACACCUACAAGAGCUUCCUCGAGUACGAGCAGCUCUGCUUGCAGCUUGGUUGCGGUCUCCGCAAGCUUGGCCUCGAGAAGGACAGCAGAAUCCACCUCUACGGUGCUACAAGCGCAAACUGGCUCGCCAUGUCACACGGUGCUGCCUCCCAGUCCGUGACCAUUGUGACCGCAUAUGAUACCUUAGGCGAGGAGGGCCUGAAGCACUCUCUGGUUCAAACCGGCAGCACUGCCAUCUUCCUCGACCCUGGCCUGAUCAAGUCGCUCAUCAACAUCCUCCGCAGCGUCCCCUCGAUCAAGCACAUUAUCUAUAACACUGACGGAGAGGUGGACCAGAAGCUGCUCGACCAGCUCCACAGCGAAUUUAUCCACAUCAAUGUGCAGAGCAUUGAGGACUUGCGCAAGCAGGGUGAGGAGAACCACGUGGAGCCCGUUCCUCCCAAGCCCGAGGACCUUUGCUGUAUUAUGUACACUUCUGGCUCGACCGGCCCACCCAAGGGUGUGCCUCUGACCCAUGCCAACGUUAUUGCUGCCACCGCCGGUGUUAACGAGAUCGUUGGCCCUUAUAUCAACCACAAGGACUCGUUGUUGACAUACCUACCCCAAUCGCACAUUCUCGAAUUCAUGUUCGAGAACCUUUGCUUGUUCUGGGGUGGUACCAUGGGAUACGGUAACCCCCGUACCCUGUCCGACGCCUCAAUGCGCAACUGCCAGGGUGAUAUCAAGGAAUUCAAGCCUACUAUCUUGGUCGGUGUUCCCGCCGUGUGGGAGUCGGUGAAGAAGGGUGUCUUGAACAACCUGAACAAGAACAGCUUCUUGGUCAAGGGUAUGUUCUGGGGUGCUAUGUCCGCCAAGAACUUCCUGAUGACCACCGGCUUCCCCGGUUCCAGCAUGGGUGCCUGGUUCCUUGACACCAUUGUGUUCAAGAAGCUGAAGGAGGCUACUGGUGGCAACCUUCGUAUCGUUAUGAACGGUGGUGGCCCUGUCUCCAAGGACACCCAGAAGUUCCUGUCCAUGGCCAUUGCUCCCAUGAUCAGCGGUUACGGUCUGACCGAGACCUCCGCCAUGGGUGCUCUGGGUGACCCCAUGGCCUGGAACCCUAAUGUCCUGGGUGAUAUUCCCGCCUCAGUCGAGAUCAAGCUGGUUGACUUCCCCGAUGCCGGUUACCUGACCAAGAACACUCCUCCCCAGGGUGAGAUCUUCAUCCGUGGUGGCAGUGUUACCUCCGGCUACUACGACAACGAGGAGGAGACCAAGGCCGCGCUCACCGAAGAUGGCUGGUUCAUGACCGGUGACAUUGGCGAGUUUGACCACAACGGCAACCUGAACAUCAUUGACCGUAAGAAGAACUUGGUCAAGACCUUGAACGGUGAAUACAUUGCUCUGGAGAAGCUCGAGUCCGUCUACCGCUCUUCCCCCGUCGUUGGCAACAUCUGUGUCUACGCCGCCGAGGACCAAGACAAGCCUGUUGCUAUCAUAGUUCCCGUCGAAGUCGCUCUCAAGAAGAUUGCCAGCGAGAACAAGAUCGAGGGUGACACUCUCGAGACCCUUGUUCACAACGACAAGCUCAACAAGAUUGUGCUCCAGCAGCUCCAGGCUGCUGGCCGCGCUGGUGGCCUCCGUGGUAUUGAGAUCAUCAACGGUGUUGUGCUGUCCGAUGAGGAGUGGACUCCUCAAAACGGUUUCAUGACCGCCGCACAGAAGCUCCAGCGCAAGAAGAUCCUCAACACCUACGAGAAGGAGAUCAACAAGGCGUACGGCAAGAAAUAA